AUGGCCCACCCCUAUGAACCCUGGUUACGGACAGCACCCCCUGGUGGCAGCUCAGACGAGAUGAACGUUCCCUCAUGGUGGGACCUCCACACCGGGCCAGGGAGCUGGAUGGACCUGCAGGCGGGCCAGGGUGUGGGCUUACAGGCAGUUGGUCAGAGCUCCAUGGGGCUGCAGUCCUCCCUGGGACCUUACGGCUCCGAGCCCCAGCUGUGUACUCCUGCUCAGUUAGCCCAGCUGGCCCCAGCCUCACACUCAGCUCACUCUCACCUCUACCCCCAGGAUGGCUUCAAGAUGGAGCCGCUGGGAGGACCUGAGCUCCUGCAGCCGGAGUCAUACUCCCUGGAGGAGCCACAGGAGGGUGCCACCUCGGUCCGGCCCAAGCCCCAGCGCCGCUCUGCCUCCAGGGGCUCGGGCCAGUCUGUGUGCCGGUGCCCCAACUGUGUCCACGCCGAGCAGAUGGGCCAGAGCACCGAUGAUGACCGGAGGAAACACAUGCACAACUGCCACAUCCCGGGCUGCGGCAAGGCCUACGCCAAGACCUCCCACCUGAAGGCCCACCUGCGCUGGCACAGCGGGGACCGGCCCUUCGUCUGCAACUGGCUCUUCUGCGGCAAGCGCUUCACACGCUCCGACGAACUUCAGCGACACCUGCAGACGCACACCGGCGCCAAGAAGUUCAGCUGCACCAUGUGCCCCCGCGUGUUCAUGCGCAACGACCACCUGGCCAAGCACAUGCGCACGCACGAGUCUCCAUCCGGGCCAGGGGAGGAGAGGAUGUAUGGAGAGGGGGGCAGAAUGGGGAAGAGCUUUGACACGCCUUCUCCUCAGCCCUCCCACGCCACUGCAUCUGACACAGAGGCACCCCUUAAGCAGCCGAAAUGUGAGAAAGACCCCUCUGGGACAGGACAGUCCAGCUAA